AUGCAAAGCACAUCAACUACACCGAAAAGCGAAGACUUGUCAUCGGACGGGAAUGAUAUCCAUUACAUCUUACCAAGCGAUGCUUCUGAGACUGAGCGUCUUCGUUUGAACCAUUCUAUGUGGAAGUAUGCGUUGGGAGGUUUGCAAACGGCACCAUUGCAUGAAGAUCUCGAAAGAGGAAUCAAGGUUCUAGACAUAGGAUGUGGCCCAGGCUGGUGGUCAAUUGACAUGGCAAAAAAGUAUCCAAACUCUCAGUUCAUAGGGAUCGAUAUAACCGCCAAUUUUCCUCUGGUUGAAGCACACGAUAAUAUUUCCUUCCAAGUCAUCAAUGCCGGAACAGGGCUGCCUUUUUCUGAUGGCGAAUUCGAUUAUGUUUUCCAACGCUUUCUGGUCAUGGGAUUCUCUGUGGAUCAGUAUCGUUUGGUAAUCAAGGAAAUCAAUCGAGUAUUGAAACCAGGAGGUACUAUUGAAAUUUUGGAAAUGGUUAGCAAAUACAACGAUGCUGGACCGUGGUUUCAGAAAAUCGGCAACUGGAUUGAGAAAGCUUUACAUCUGAGUGGCCUUGACCCUACUAUCGCUAUAAAACUUGCAGGCAUGCUACAAGAUGCAGGCUUUUCACAUGUUACUGAUAAAUUGAGACGAAUUCCAAUAGGUUCCUGGGGAGGAUCUCUGGGCGAGAUGUAUCUGGCUAUUCAAAAAUUGGCACUUCCUGCUGUAAUGACAAUGGUAAUCCAUUUGGGAGUGACCACAAAAGAAGCAUUCCGCGCUGUAAUGAACAAAGCUAUUGAGGAGUCAUCUGAACAUAAUACAUCUGGAGACUUUCAUAUUGUAUGUGCAAUUAAGCCCAUCUUUUGA